AUGUUGGGAGACUUCAAAAAAUUCAUCAACGCACUUGACAAUGGUGCGUGCGUAAAUCUGCGCAGAGAUAAAUACUCAGUGUUUGAGCUGGCCUGCAAAACUCCUGGAAGGAAGCGAUUUAUCGACGCAUGCCUGAAACGAGACGUCCGGCUCGAUGAGAAAAACCCCGAAACCUACGAAUACCCCAUUCAUCUUGCAGCCCGGUCCUUCGAUAGUGAAAAUCUCUCUCAGUUGCUUGAAGAUCAACGAAUCAACGUCGAUCAGAAGUUCGAGGAUCGUACGGCGCUGUAUCUGUUAUUGGAACAGAUCGAUACCGAUAACAGGAAGGAAGUGUUUGAGUGUAUCAAGUUGCUGCUAAAAUAUCACGCCAACAUAAACGCAACAGAUGAAAACAGUGUGUCUCCGAUAGCGCUGCUAGUGACGGCCGGUAACGACGCUUGGCGCAAAGAAAUAUUGGAUUACUGUCUACAAAACUACUCUGUGAACGUAGACUUUGACCAAAACCACGCACGAAAAGCGAUUGAAAAACAUUUUCCGGGAACUCCAAUACCAGACAUCGACAUGGAAAAGGUGACGGUGGAAAUUCUCAGGAACAAGCUGGCAGCUGGUACGGUAGAAGAUUUUCUCGCAGCGUAUGAGAAAUACAUCUCGCAAAUUGAAGAUCACGUGCUCCGGGAAGAAGAUUGUGUCGAGCUUCUAUCUGUCGCAGUGAACCGGGCGAAGCUGAUAGCUGCCCAGAAGCUGCUUGAAGGUCAGAUGGCAGAUGGCAAAUUUGUUGGCAAACCUGCACUACUCUCCGGACUUUUGGCCAAGUGCUGUAAUCGUGGAAAUGUUCCGAUUUUAGAAUGGUUGCUCAGCAUCAUACCGCCUCAUGAGGUUAAGUUGAUAAACGAAGAUCCGCUCCUGUCGUUGCUGGUGAAGCAGAUCGACGAGUACAAGGACAAAAACAAGUGUCGCUUUAUUGAAAGCAUGGGAAUUUUGUUGAACGAUCCGCGCAUUGAGGUCGACAAGAUAGAUGUGAAACGGUACACCGCGAUGCACUACGCUGUAAAAUAUAAGAUCGAUCAUGCCCAGGAGCUGCUGCUUGCCAAAGGGGCCUACAUCGGUGGCGAGGAUCUAUUUGGAGACUCACCGAUAAGCGAGAUGGAUUCGUUCCUGUUGGAAAAACAUUUGGACUCGUGCGUGACGGACAACGAUCGCAAGCCGGGCGACGAGGACUACGAAGUGAGAAUCAAUUUCUCCAACUUCAUACCACCGCACCGGAAAAUACAAACGAACUACGAUGAGAUGCAGCCUAUAGUAACGAUAGCACAAACAGCUAGUAAAAAGCAACUGCUUUGGCAUCCGGUGGUAGCGAGCAUUUUGUUGCUAAAGUGGAUACAGUUAACUCGCUUAUUUUACGUAAAUUUAGGUUUUUCGGUUUUAUUCACCAUCUCGCUGAUGUACAUGGUGUUCUUUCUCGACCAAGGAGAUGACCCGUUCAAGCUGUUCUUCUAUAUUGCUUCGAUUGUCGGAUGGAUAUAUCUGAUAGUGCGCGAGUUGAUCCAGCUUACGGUGGAUAAGUGGAUGUACUUUUUAUCGAUAGAAAACUUGCUAGAGUUGGUGCUCAUUUCGGUGUCCGGUGCCAUGUUGUUUUGGCAUCUUCAUUAUCCAGCAGUCCUGGUUAGUGUUAUCCUGUCACUAGGACUAGAACUCACCUUGCAGAUUGCAAUGAUCCCUGUGGACACCAUUUCCACAUACAUGGCAAUGUUAAAAACAGUGUCGAAAAACUUUCUCAAGUGCUUGGCAGUCUGCUCGAUAUUAUUGCUUGCAUUUACAUUCAGCUUCUACACGGUGUUCAGAAUACCGGCUAGCACAGGACUCAAUGAAACGGCAGAUAACAAGACAAUUAACAUGACGGUUAAUGAUGGCGAGCGGUUCAAUCAAUUUCAGGAACUGCCACUUGCCUUCAUAAAAACGGCAGUGAUGUUAACCGGAGAAUUUGAAGCUGCCAAUAUGAAUUAUAAGAUCUCCUGGGUUAUCUGCUUCUUGUUCCUGCUGUUUGUGUUCUUCGUGGCGAUCGUUAUGAGCAACCUAAUGAGCGGAGUUGCUGUGAGCGAUACUGCGGCCAUUCAGGCAGAAUCGGAAACCAUCGGCUUAAAAAAGAUGGUGUUCGUUAUCUGCAAAUAUGAAAAGGCAUUGAAAAUGUUAAAUGCAAACCGAUUCCUAUCAAAAACAUCUUCGUGGUUGAUCCCAUCCAAAAGUUUGCAGCUUUUUCACAAAAAUGAACCACUAAAGGAUGUCUUCUUGCAACCCAGCAAACCGCGUGUAAUCGAAUAUGAAACAAGCCCUUCGAAACCGUCAUCCUGUCAAGCAACUGUAGAAAAUGGCUCGAAGCAGUACGAGGCGCUUAAUAGCACCGAAUCACCGCGGAAUCCCUAUACGUACAACACGAAUCAUUGCUAUUACAAGCCUUUUAGUGUGAUGCUAGAUAAAAUAGUGAAAAGUUCGAGGCGAAUUCUUAAUUCACAUCAGACAGACGUAGGUUCGAUCGCGAAUUACAUGUCACGAUUGGAGCAGCGAUUGGAAACCAUGGCGCAGGAGCAAAAGGAGCUUAGGAAGAAUGUUUUGUCAUUGACAGAAAAUGAACUUAAAAAAUGCCACAAACAAUGA